AUGGCCAGAUCCUCCAUCACAAAGUGCCGGUGCUCCAGAAGACUUCUAAGCACAGUCUCCAGGAAGAAGUUACAUUUCAGAACAGACUUUGGCCUUAGAAACUACGCACGCUAUGUCAACAGGGUUCUAAAGGAAGUGGUUCCCCAGAGGGGCAUAUCUUCUGGCACCUUGCAGGUCAUGAACACUCUGAUCAACGACAUCUUUGAACGCAUUGCUGUGGAGGCCUGCAACCUGAUGUAUUUCAGAAAUCGUUGUACCCUCACCCCAGAAGAUAUCCAGAGGGCAGUAUACUUGCUGUUGCCUGGGAAACUAGCUAAGCAUGCGGUGGCUUUUGGAAGCGAAGCAGUCAACAGAUAUGUCCACUCCUAA